AUGAAUGAAGAAGAACCGGAAGGAGACGUUAUUCAAGUACGUCCAUGUGAGGAAUUGGUAGUUCCCAGAAGAAAUGUUCGCCCAGAUCAUGACAUUAGUUUCUAUAGGAAAAUUGCAUAUGGAGUUGGACAUUUUUACAAUGAUUUGUGUGCAAGUAUGUGGUUUACAUACCUGAUGAUAUAUAUGGAGAAAGUUUUGAAAUUACAAAGUAGUCGAGCCGGAAUGUUAAUGCUUAUUGGACAGGUGACUGAUGCAAUUUCCACUCCACUUGUAGGAAUAUUCAGUGAUUCAAGUAUACUACCCUCGUGGUUUGAUAAAAUUGGAAGGAGGAUAUCAUGGCAUCUAAUCGGUACCAUAUUGGUAUCAAUAUCGUUUCCCAUGAUUUUCAAUAGAUGCUUCCUAUGUAAAAGUGAUACGUCAGAAUGGUACGAAGUACUGUGGUUUGUACCAUUUAUUAUGGUUUUUCAGUUUGGAUGGGCCUCUGUACAAAUUUCUCAUCUGGCCCUUAUUCCUGAAUUAUCUUCUGUACCCUCCAGCAGAGCCACUAUGAAUUCAUUGAGGUAUGCAUUCACUGUGAUAGCAAAUCUCUCGGUAUUUUUUGCACUCGCCUGGUUAUUAUCAGAAUCUACAGGUCACUCAACUAUUGGACCGUGGGAUUUGAGUCAUUUUAGGAUCGCAGGAUGGUUGGUAGUGAUUCUUGGUAUCACCGUGUCAUUUGUGUUUUACGCUUUCACCAGAGAACCAACAAACCAGCGAAGGAUAAGUAGACUCAAUUCAUUUUCCUCGGAUGCAAGUGAGCUUGCCCGUAUGCAUUGGACAAGUUGGUUUGGCCACAUUCAAUUCUAUCAGAUUGCUCUGCUCUAUAUGCUAUCUCGUUUGUAUAUAAACAUAUCACAAGUCUAUUUCCCAUUUUAUAUCACUAUGACACAGAAUUACGAAAAAACCUACGUUGCAAUCCUACCAAUGGUAUCAUAUUUAUCUUCAUUCUCUGUUUCAAUGAUCAACAGUACACCUUUAGUUAGCAAACUAUCCAAAAAGAUUCUAUAUACAAUUGGGUUAGCAGCUGGUUUGAUGUCAUGUGCUACAAUGUUGCUCGACCUACCAGGAUGGAGAAUUUACGGGCUGGCAGUAGGAAUAGGAAUAGCACAAGCCAUUUUACUGAUAACAUCACUGUCAAUCACAGCUGAUCUGAUCAACAAAAAUACAGAAAGUGGUGCUUUCGUCUACGGAGCAAUGAGCUUCUUUGACAAACUUUCAAACGGAGUCGCUUAUCAAAUCAUUGAAUUGUGGACUCCCACUUAUGACGCCUUCAAACCACAUCAAGCGAGCGCCAUUUUUUAUCGACGAGUGAUGGUAUUCGUACCCGGAACAUGUUUGGUCCUUGCCUUUUUGGUUCUCUUAUCUCUAGCUCCUUUCACAAUUGGAGAAAGGAGAAGAGCACGUCCUGUUAGAGAUGACGAGCAAGCUAUUCUAGACGACCAAGAUGACGAUGCAUACCCGGAAAUCACUUCUGCAUAA